CACUGGCAACACAGGUGGACAGAAAUCGUUCCAGUUAAAGAUAGCUUGUUAGAAAGCUAUCUGGUUGUUGGAUAUUGAAGGAGAUAAAUAAUUAAAAUGAGUGCUGCACCUAAGAAAAGUCCUGCAAAACCGUCCGGCGUGGUUGAGUGGAUUAACGCAGCUUGUCGCUUCGCCACAGACAGAAAUGACUUCAGAAGAAAUCUCCUAGUCAAUUUGGGACUGUUUGCUGCAGGAGUCUGGGUCGCCAGGAACUUGUCCGACUUUGAUCUGAUGUCUCCCCAGCCUGUUACGUAGUACAGUAGAAAAAGACGGACGCAGCUUCACAGGAGGUCAUGACCAAAUUUCUUCGGAAGGAGGACACAACCUGCAGCAGAAUAAUUGAUAGCAUUGACACUGUAAACAUUGUGCAUGAAAAAAUGGUGGUGGAUAGAUAAAAAUUCUCAAAAGUCAGCUGUGUCUA